AUGCUUGCUUCACAACAAAAACAACAACAACAACAGGAUGACAAUGAUAAUGAAAAGAAUUUCUUAGGAUUUUGCUCGUUUUGCUUGGAAUUUGAAGUUGGUCCCAGUAAGCAGCAAAAUUGGAGAGGCCUAUGCAUUGCCUUCGUAGUCAUUACUAUUAUUUGUCUAUUCAUUUUGUGUGCCAUGCUCCUAGCAAGCAUGCAACGAGUAACGUCUCAAAAUGAACUUCUUUCGAUAACUGAAGAGGAUAUCGUUAAUAUAAAACCACCUAAACCUUGGAAUGGGACAUGGAUAUCUGAUAAAUAUUUUUCCUAUUUGGAUAUAAAUGAUUCAAUAUGGAUCUAUAAUUGUGAUACACUAAAAGAAGAAUUAUUAUUUCGAAGACAUAUUAUACAACAAGAAAAUAUUGGCCAUGGAAUUGUUUCUCCAUCAGCAAGAUAUAUUCUUGUACCAAUUAGAAAGGAAAAAAUACGUCCAUAUUAUACUGAUUAUCAGUAUGAUCUUUAUGAAAAGUCAAAAAUGAUCGCACCAAUGAGUUUUUCUGACCAACAAAAAAUUUCUCUAUCAGCUGUUUUAUAUUCUCAUUCAGAUCAUUUAUUUGCUUUUAUUCAUAAUUUUGAUGUUUACAUAUAUGAUAUCAACACAAAAACAAGUUACCGAGUAACAUCAGAUGGCAAUCGUAGUACUAUACAUAAUGGUCUGGUCGAAUGGAUUUAUGAAUAUGAAAUUUUCAAUCAAAAUAUUCUUCUAUUUUGGUCACCAAAUGAUGAUUAUUUAGCUUUUAUUAAAAUGAAUCUAACAAAAAUACCAAAGGUUCAUUAUUUACGGUAUGACUUAACAUUGGAAAAUGACGAUCAAUAUUCUAUACCAUAUCCAAAAUACAAAGAUCCACUACCGUUGAUUGAUGUUUGUAUCUAUAAUUUGAAAUCUAGAAGAAUUUUCUCUGUACCACGACCGAUCGAAUACGGGAAAACUAAAAAAUCAGAUAUAUUCGUCUACCAUGUUGUUUGGUGUGGCGAUACUUGUUUAUCUGUUGUUUACGGAAAUCGUUUGCAAACUUCAACUAUAAUUCAAUUAUAUGAGAUUCAUAAUGAUAAAAUAAUGUUUAAAUCUAAAUUUAUUGAUGAGACACGAAAACCUCUUUUGCUAUUACGUUUUCUUAAACCAUAUUUUUCAUCGAAUGGUACAUAUGCUUAUAUGAUACGGUUCGAUUCAUUAACUAUUGGUAAAUCAACACGAAAAAUUUUCCCACGUGUUGUAAGAAUACUUUUUAAUCAAACAUAUCCACAAAUAAAUGCUAAGUCACCCGAAGACAUCAAUGCAGAUGAAAUAAUUCAUGUUAAUAGUUUAGGUCAAGUUUAUUUUACUGGAUCACCUCAUAAUGAUUCAUUGGCAAAACAAGUUUAUCGAUGGAGUUUUUCAUAUUCGAAAUCUCAUAUUGAAUGUCUAUCAUGCAAUGAAUCAUGUGGUUACGCUACUGCUCAAUUUAGUCUUCGCAAUGGAAGUUAUUAUAUACUUGAAUGUUUUGGACCAUCAAUACCUUAUUCAACAUUAUAUAAUCAAAAAGAAAGAUUAAUUCUUAUCAAUUACAAUGAGCCCUAUAGAAUGUGGGUCCAGGCUCGAUUAAUGCCUCAUAUUGAGUAUUUCACAGUACCAUUAGAUCAAAAAGAUACAGUUGGACAUGGAAUGAUUAUUUUACCCCCGAAGUACAAUCCAAACGUGACAAUAUUAUCUUAUUCAGUCAUUGUAAUGAUGAAUGAUCGAUUGUCUAUUCAACGCGUAAAUAAAAAAUAUGUUCAACCAUUUACAGAAUUUAUUCAAGUUAUCCAUGAUAAUAUUAGCAUUGUUCUAUUUGAUGCACACGGGAGUGCAGGACAAGAUGAAAAUUAUUUAAAAAGUAAUUUUCAAGAUUGGUUCGAACAACAAUAUGAGGAUUAUAUUAAACUUGCACAACAUCUUAAACGGAAUGAAAAAAAAUUUAAUGGAAUAUUCAAUCAUGCAAGAUUUGGACUUAAAGCACGCGGCCCAGCUGCUGUUGUUGCAUUGAAAUUAUUAGAAGAAAGCAUUAAGAACAACGAAGAAUAUGUAUGUGCAUUUCUUCAAUCACCUGUCAAUGAUUUAUCGCAUUAUCAUGCCAUUUUUAGUGAACGAAUGAAUGGAUUAAAGGUUGAUGCAACGUCUUCUCACCCGUUAAAUAUUCGCAAUAAGAGUAUAGCUAUUGUUCAUGGAACAGCAGAUGAAGUUGUACAUUUUAAACAUUCAGCAACUUUAGCGAAAUCUCUGAUUGACAGUGGCAUUACGUUUGAUUUCAAAGUUUAUCCAGACGCGGAUCAUUAUUUGGAAUUAAAUCCAACAUUAUAUAAUGACACAUUCAAUUAUCAACGGCGAUUUUUUAGAGAAUGUCUUACUGAUCGAAUUAAGGAGAAGCCAAAAAUAAUGCUAACAGAAGAACACGAGUAA